GGAUUUGCUUUUUGCAGGGGUCAAAUUGGUCAUUCAGGAAAAUUAGAGUAACGACCUGAUGGGGGCUGGCCUAACUAACUAACUGUACAAGCUUGCCGCCAAGAAUCCCCCCUCCAAUCGAACACAACCACGCGUCCAUUGGCGGUUAGCUCUCCGUCCGUGUAACGGGAAGAGACUUGUAUAAAUUCACAAUCCACUCCAGUCACCGUCCAUUCCACACAUUCAGCAUUAGAUUCUUUACCUGCAAACACAUUUUCCCGCCCUCUUCACAGUUCCGAUAGAGAGAGAGAGAGAGAGAGAGAGAGAGAGAGAGAGAUCUUCAAUGGAGGCGAGCGUGGUUGUUGAGGAGGCCAAGAAUGCCUCAGAGAGACUCGGCAACAACAAGAAGCCAGCUGUUGUAGUUGAUGUUGGUGUCGAGGGCAAUGCUGCUGCUGCUACCGAGUCUUACAAGAAGAAGAAGAAUCACAUUCAGGUCUCCAACACCAAGAAACCCCUCCUCUUCUAUCUCAAUCUUGCCAAGAGGCUCAUAAAACAGUACAACGAUAUCGAGCUCUCCGCCUUGGGCAUGGCAAUUCCUACUGUUGUCAUAAUCGCUGAGAUUCUCAAACGUAAUGGAUUGGCGAUCGAGAAAAGGAUAACGACAUCUUCUUUUGGUGCAAUGGAUGGUCAGAAAGGCCGUAUGAUCCACAAACCACAGAUUGAGAUUGUGCUGGAAAAGGCUGACAAGACCACUGUUGCUACGGCAUGAAAGAAGUCUGCUGAUCAAAAGACAUGACGAAGCAUAUCAUCGGGUUUUCGUCCUGGCUUUAGAUUUCAGUAUUUUUUUUCACACUUUUACAGUUUGAUUAUGCUGGUUCCAAUUAGAGCUGCCACUAAUUGAACCUUGGCAUUUAUAUGUUUUCUUUUGUAUUUUACUGUUCUGUAAGAUAGAAAAGAACUGUUUCAUCUCAGUGCCCAAAUAAUACAGGAGAUCUACAACUUUGCAGCUCUCA